UCGUUCUCAAACGACACAUCAGUAGUAUCCAGGCGAUAGUGUACCACCUGAGGAGGUUCAAACCUGUAGAACUUCUUCAGCUCUGCCUGCAACACGUAUGGGAAGUUUAUUGUACGAUUUCUUUUAGACAUGGACGAUUUAAAGGCGUGAACAAAAUUCAUUCUGCUGGACGAAACCACAUUUUUUAUUUAUUUUAUAGUUCCAAAGGCUGAAGCUGGAUUAUAAUUGUGAAUGGGAAUUUAUCACCGAAGAUCCGCUAAAGUUGUCUAGGAUGUAAUCUGGACGACGGAAUGAUGUCAUCUGGAAGUCUGAGAAUGCUAAUAAAUGUAUAAAAAAAAUGACGAGCGUCAGCUGUUUCCAGCGGCGUUUCAGACGCACAGUGCCAUCACGGAGAGAAAGCAGCAGCGAACUCGUCACGGCGCCGGUUCACUCAAGAGUCAACGGAUGGUCCUCACCACUUCAUGUUCUUCAGCCGGUGGCAUGGCUCAUAUACAGCUUCAUGGCCAUCGUCGGCUUUGGAGUUUAUAUCCCACUCCUGCCUCCACCGUGGAACUACAUUUCAUACGGAGUGAUCGGUACAGCCUUCGUCCUACACUUGUUGACUCAUCUGGCGGCGGUGACCACGGACCCAGCCGACUAUGCUGUGCGUGCGAAGAAGGAUUACUCCAUCCCUAUGCCCGUGUUCGACAGGAAGAAGCAACCGCAUGUCAUACACAAUCUGCACUGCAACCUGUGUGACGUUGAUGUGGGAUCUAAAGUGAAACACUGCGGCAGCUGCAACAAAUGCAUUGCAGACUUUGACCACCAUUGCAACUGGCUCAACAACUGUGUAGGAAGGAGGAACUACUGGCUAUUUUUUGUCACCGUGCUUUCGGCUGCUUGCGGAGUUUUCCUCCUCAUCCUGGUCAUCUCAUUCGUCUUCAUCGAACACUUUGUGAAUCCUGAGAUUCUUCGUACAGCAGCUGCUUUUCAAGCUGCUAACGGAAGCACGAUAUGGUUUGCAUUUCUACCAGUAGCACCAGUGCAGACCAGUUCAGCCAGUCUGCUGGUGUUGGCUGUCAUCACUGUCAUCAUCGCACUCGCCUCAUUCCUACUGCUGUGCCACUUACUGCUCUUCCACAUAUACCUGUUAUAUAAAGGCAUGAGCACCUAUGAGUACAUAAUGAAGCAGCGCCAGUUGCAGAUCUCCAGGCAGCAGGAGAAAGGAACCACACAGCCGUCUUCCUCUGACAGAACUACAUCUCAGAACCUCGGACCGUUCAAGAUGUCUCUAGGGUGUAAUGGACUAUUGUCUGGAAAAUCAAGUAUCUUCAAGUACCAAGACAGAGGGAGGUCAAUGGUCUCAAGAAGCAUCUGUUCUCAGAGGAAACCUCAGUCUGCUGGUGGAGAGAUCGGUCCAAACUACGGCUCGAAUUCAGCUAUACAAGUGAUACCAGGUGUAGCUCCAGGAGGUUGGAUGAUGAGUAUGAACCGGAUAGAGAGACCGUCGACCGUACAAAGCGAAGACCCCGUCGUUCAGAGUCCUCUCGGCACCUCCACCGUAGACCCGGCUGAGGUUCGACAGCAGUGAUGCUGAACUCCUCACUGCAGCAAGUAUAGUCAGCUCUUCCGUGGAUACACACAUACAGAACGAGCCGCUGCGAUUUUUGCACACACACUUUUUACAAGCACGGGACGUGAAAACUCUUCUUCACUCGUCUUCAGUAUGUGCAUUAUCCUGGUCAGUAUAAAGGGGGAUUGGGAGCCUAUCAGAGGAACACUGGGUAGGAGGUAAGGAUACGAGUCUGUUAUGCACACUCCUAUUCAUAACUAUGUUGUGUAAGCCAGUGCUUCUACUGGAAGUAUUUUGAGAAACACACACACAAAGAAUAUGUCAAACAACACCACCCAAACUCCGCCUUGAACCGGGAACCCUGGAUCCCAUCAUGCUGAACAGAUGCUGACUAGACAUAUGUUCACUAUUUGUGUUCACA